CUUCCCAUGCUCCUUCGAGGUUGGAGUUUGCGCAAUUUGUUUUCCACGGCCCUAGCUGCUGCCAGUGGCUGUAUGCUGUUUGUUGUGUUUACAUUAAGGAAGAGAAAGAAAGAAUUUCCCAAGUUAUUGUAACACCGUGGCUGUCGCAUGAGGUUACUGGGUGAGCCCCUCCCUGCCAUGAGAGCGGACCACCAGGUCACCAGCCCCCCCUCCUUCUGCAGUUGAUGGAUCUGCAGCUGGUGCAGAGAUGACAGACAGCGUCAGGGCUUUCCUCCGCGAUGUUGCGACGGGGAUCAAGGACUCCAUAUUGGGGAUUGGAACAAUCUCCAAGCUGGAUGCUCGUAUCCAGCAGAAAAGGGAAGAGCAGCGGAGGAGAAGGGCCAGUGGGGCCCUGGCACAGAGACGGGCACAGAGUGAGGAGCGCAAACCGGACAAUGAACCCAAAGUAGCCAGCAGGAUUUUUCAAUGCUGUGCCUGGAAUGGAGGAGUGUUCUGGCUCAGUCUGUUUCUCUUUUACCGGGUGUUUAUUCCACUCCUGCAGGCUCUCACGGCAAAAAUCAUUGGUGACCCCUCCCUCCAUGGCAGUGUGUGGUCCUGGUUAGAGUUCAUCCUGACGUCCGUCUUCAGCGCUCUCUGGGUCCUCCCCUUGUUUGUCCUCAGCAAGAUUGUCAAUGCCAUCUGGUUCCAGGACAUAGCUGACCUUGCAUUUGAAGUGUCUGGCUGUAAAGCUCAGCCAUUCCCCAGCGUCAGUAAGAUCAUUGCAGACAUGCUUUUUAACCUCCUCCUCCAGGCGCUCUUCCUCAUUCAGGGUAUGAUUGUUAGUCUCUUCCCCAUCGAUGCCAUUGGACAGAUGGUUAGCCUCCUCCACAUGUCUCUGCUCUACUCCCUGUACUGCUUUGAGUAUCGCUGGUUCAACCAUGGCAUCGAGAUGCACCAGCGGCUGUCCAACAUUGAGAGGAACUGGCCAUAUUACUUUGGCUUUGGCUUACCCAUGGCUCUGCUGACCGCCAUGCCCUCAUCAUACAUCAUCAGCGGUUGCUUGUUCUCCAUCCUUUUCCCUCUGUUCAUCAUCAGUGCUAAUGAGGCAAAGACACCAACAAAGCUGUACCACUUCCAACUGCGUCUCUUCUCCCUGGUCGUGCUGAUCAGCAACAAGCUUUUCCACAAGACUGUCCACCUGCAGUCAUCACUGACGUCAUCUGCCUCCACGGAGAGGCUGUCAACGCCUCACACCUCCCCGACCCGCCAGAGGCUGCUGCCCACCCAGUGAAGGAGAUAGGAUAGUCACCAACAAGUGGUUUCACUGAAAAGUGAUUUUUUUUCUUUUUCUAGAUGGAUCGCCCUUAAUGAAGAUGAGUUCAGCUGGUUCAUGUGGUUCAGGACAAAGGGUUUACAUGUUUUUGUGUAAUUUGUGCUGCCUCAGUUACUCAUUUUUAUCCACCUUUUCUGUGUGACACAAAAAUCGACUGACCUGUGCCUCACACUCAAAACACUUCAAAUACUAAGAUCCAGACUUCUUUUUACUUUGACUUUUCUUUCUUUCUUUGUACAAUGUGCCAUUUGAGUGACUCUCCUUUUAAUAAAUUACAGCACAAGACAUCACAAAGUUUUAAUUUCUUUAAGCAAAUGUGACUGAAGAAGGAUAUUUUUCUCUUUGAAGGGGCUUGUUUGUGUUCAGAAGCAAAGCACAGGUGUGUUUUCUUAAAAGUCACAUCCCUCCCUCACAGAUGGGAGGCUUUUUAGUUUCAAAUCCCCACAGCUUUGUUUUCAGUAGAAUACAAGCAUCAUUUCAGGAGCUGCUAUUAAAAGGCAGAGUGACCUUUUUGUAACGGAAAUCAACCACAAAGUCACUUGUGUGCGUUGACAAAACUGUUCCUCUGCGUCCCAUCCCCAAAAUAAAAUGUCUGGAUUCUGCUGUCUAACGUCACAGUGCACACGUCUACACCGGCAAAGGGCAAGCUUCAUUAGAGCUUUUAGUGUAUUGAUAGAUGAGACGACACUGCCAAACUGCUACAUCUUUAACUUUACUUUGACCACUUCAACGCUAAUCUCUGUCACAAAGGAGUCAUGUAGCUCGUAGCUUUACAACAGACGGGUGAUCAGCCUCGACUCGCUUGCUCUAGUACCCCUUCCACCUUAAAGAGAGCUUGAUGCAAAUAUAACUGAUCCCCAAAGAUCAUUGGCUGUUUGGUUAUUUGUGCUGUACAUAAUGUUAAUACCUCCUGAAUGUUCAGUCAGAAGCCCAGCGCCACACAGUAACCCCACCCAAACCUUUGUCUCAUCAGAGCUAGUGGAUUUGGAGAGGGGCCAUGAUUUUAAACAGUGUGCAAUUAUUGUAAGAAGAGCAUAGUGUUUGUGCAGACUGAAAUUUGUGAGUGAGGUUUUGUAAAAGUGAUACUUCUAAUUUGAAUAAAAUUGGUCAGUAUUCAAUAUUUGA